AUGGCUCAGAAACCAAAACGCUCCCGAGCUGAGCAGGCACGACAAUUACUCCAGGGCGGCGGUGUACUACGAGAGGAUUCGGAUGAUGAGCUCGGCACUGAAGAUCACCCCUGGGAAUGGAUAUACGGACCCAGCAAAGCCAUCAUUGGUGCCCGAAUGGGUGAUUUUGAAUGUCACAUUGGAGACACCGUGUUGCUUAAAGCUGCUGGGAAUGAAGCUUGGGUCGCCAUCAUCCAGGACUUUGCAGAGGGCGAGAUCGAAGACGAUGAUGGAGAGAUGAUCAAUGACAUGAAAGCCUCCUUCUUAUGGUUCUCUUCUGAAAAGGAGAUUGUGAACAAGGCUAAGAAGAGACACGACUUCUUGGAGAAUGAACUGUACAUCACUACUGGUUUGGACGAGAACUCAUUGAAAACAAUCAACGGCAAGGCUACGGUCCUUUCUGAAGAGGGCUUCAACUCGAGGUACCCCAAUGGCAAGAUUUCAAAAGGCUCAAGAGAUCAUGGCAAAGUCUUUGUCUGUCGACGAGGUUGCAACACCCGUACAACCACUUACACCGACGAGUUCGUCUGGGAGGAUGUUUAUCGCGGAGCCGAGGACUUGACAUCGCUUUGCGAGUUGAUUGAUAGCCAAACAAUACGGACUCGGAAACGCAAACCGGCCGCCAGAUCAACAACACCAGGAGAUCUGGACGAUUUCGUGAUACCCGAUGAUGAAGAUGGCGAGAUGGCCACACCGCGCAAACGCAGAAAGUUGACUGCUGCAACACCGACAUCGAGAAGCAAGCAUCCUGCACCUCGCAAACUCACCACUCCUACACAUCGCCGCAUUGUGGCUAAACGACCUUUGGAGUUCACGCCACUGGGCACUCGCAUGUUGUCGCCUUCUCAUACGACUGCAUCACCUCACCAGCUUGCUCGAAGCACGUUGCAUGUAUCGGCUGUACCCAAUGCACUCCCCUGCCGUGAAGAUGAGUUUGGCGAAGUCUAUGCACAUCUGGAAACUGCCAUCUCUGCUGGCACAGGAUCUUGCAUCUACAUCUCUGGCACACCUGGUACUGGCAAGACCGCUACAGUACGAGAAGUUGUGGCUGCACUAAACGUAGCCGUAUCUGCCGAUGAACUCGAUGAUUUCGUGUUCGUCGAGAUCAACGGCAUGAAAGUCACCGAUCCUCAUCAAUCAUACUCUCUACUCUGGGAAGCCCUCAAAGGCCAACGUGUAAGCGCCACCCACGCCCUCGAGCUUCUCGAACGUGAGUUCAGCACACCAAGCCCAAGAAGAGUACCUUGUGUAGUCUUGAUGGACGAACUCGACCAACUAGUCACUAAAUCCCAAGGCGUCAUGUACAAUUUCUUCAACUGGCCCCAACUACAACACUCACGUCUCAUCGUACUCGCAGUAGCAAACACCAUGGACUUGCCAGAACGCACACUCAGCAACAAAAUCAGUUCGCGAUUGGGACUCACACGCAUCACCUUUCCUGGUUAUACACAUCAACAACUCAUCAAAAUCAUCGAGAGCAGACUUGAGGGAAUCGGACAAGUAGUCGUCGAAGCCGAUGCCGUACAAUUCGCAAGUCGAAAAGUAGCAGCUGUAUCAGGAGACGCGCGCCGCGCCCUCGAUAUCUGCCGUCGCGCAGUAGAAAUCGCAGAAUCUGACAAAGCAGCCUCAGACGCUGUAGCCCUUGCCCCCGCCGCAGACACAAGCAACGACGAAACAGCCCAAGCACAUCCAUCCACAAAAGCUGUAGCGAUGAAAAAAGGCGUCGUUACAAUCUCGAUCAUAAAACGUGCAAUCAACGAAGCAACAUCUACACCCUUGGCCUCAUACCUCCGCUCCUUACCUCUAGCCUCUAAACUCUUCCUCGCUGCCCUCUUAGGCAGGAUCCGCAGAAGCGGAUUAACAGAAAGUACACUUGGAGAUGUAAUCGACGAAGCCGCUCGUAUGGCCGCCAUUUCCUCCUUGAUCCCUCUGCACGAUAUUCUACUCGCUCCUGAUACUUUCCAAGCUGUGGGUGGUGGUGGCGGUGGUGUUGUUGCAGCAACGGGAAAAAGAGGUAGGGUGGGAGGUAAAAAGGAGGGGAAAGUGGCGAGGAUUAGGGGGAUGGGAGGGGCGGCGGAGGAGUUGGCUGAGGCUGGGAUUGUUGGAUUGGAGGUUAGGAAGGGGGAGAGGUUGGGUAGGGUUAGGUUGGGUGUUGGUGAGGAGGAGAUUCGGGGUGCGUUGAGGGAGGAUGAGGAGUGUAGAGGU